UAGAACCGCGAGGACACGCAGCUUCGUCGCGGUGACGCCAUUCGCCAGCGACUGCACCGGUCCGGAGCUUCUGUGUACCGGUGCUUCUCCGGCGUGAAAUUCUAGAGGAGCUCUUUCUCGUCCGCGGCCUGUGACCCGAGAGCUACAAAGAAAGCGGCGAGAUGACGGACCGCUACACCAUCCACAGCCAGCUGGAGCACCUGCAGUCCAAAUACAUCGGCACCGGCCACGCCGACACCACCAAGUGGGAAUGGCUGGUGAACCAGCACCGCGACUCCUACUGCUCCUACAUGGGCCAUUUCGACCUUCUCAACUACUUCGCCAUUGCGGAGAAUGAGAGCAAAGCUCGAGUCCGCUUCAACCUGAUGGAGAAGAUGUUGCAGCCUUGCGGACCGCCAGCCGACAAGCCUGAGGAGAACUGAGGUCCCGCCUUGUCUGCGCUGUACGGAAGGGCGCGUGUCCCUGCCCCAGGUGGACCGAUUCUCCACGGUUUCUUCUCCUCCUUUCCCUGUACAGAAGGUGCUUGCUUACUCCGGCCAUCUCUCCUGACCCGCCUUCAUGUGGACCCUUCGGAACACAGCGUUGGGGAGACAGUCAGGACGCCUGAGAACCGUGACCAUGGACAUACUAGAGCCAGCGAGCGUUAGGAGAGACUGCACUGGAGUGAGACGCGAUGUGGAGGCUCAUUUUGGCUGAUUGUCGUUGAUUUUUUUUCCAUAAAGUUUA